AUGGACUCCCUUACUCAAAAAUUCUUUGACCUGACUGUGAAGAAAAGCACUGUUUACAGCUUCCUGAAAAAUGAGUGCAAUCUUUCGUUUAAAACGAUAACGCAAAUGCCGAUUGCUAGAAAUAGUCCAAUUAAGAUCCAAGCUCGCAAGGAUAAGGAAAUAUCCUUCACAUCUUUUUUAACCGCCACACUUGCGUUUUCCUACGCUCAUGAUGUUAAACGGUUAUUUGUUGGAAAGGUGGUGGAAAGCAAUGGAGUUGUCUGCAUUCAGCGUUACAAGCUUCAACCGCCCAACAUGAACUUGGCAAUGGUCGGCUGCCAACCAACUGAACAAUACAGCAAGUUGGAAGAAGUUCAGGUUGAAUGCAUGUUACAUAUAUCUUCGCAUGAAGGCCUUCCUCUGGCCAACUUCUGCAAAUUUGGUUCCUUCUUUUUCAUUACAACAAUUACUCAGCCUCUAGGAAGCAGUGUUUUAUUUCGCGAUGAUUGUGCCAUUGCAUUGAAUCCUCAAAACCCAGUUCAUCAGCAGUCGAAUCUUUGCUUCCGCAUCAGGCUUUCAGACGAAAAGGAUCUCGGGUCGUUCAUAGAUGAGACCGCUGCUGCUUUCAAGACGCUCUUUGUUACAGAGGAUCAAGGCGUCAUUGCUUCAGUGGUCAUUCUUCAUAUGCCCCUUGGAUUACCACAUUUAGGACACGUUAAUUCUGUUGCCACACAUCCCCCGAUUAUCAACGUAAGGGGAUGGCUUCAGUGUGCUUAAGUUAUGCGCUUCAACGUACUUGUAAAGCGGGCCAAAAGUUUUACCUGGAAACGUACGAUGAUUUGUAUCAUGCACAUCGUAUGUAUGAAAAGGUCGGAUUCAAGCAUGAAGGCUUAUUGAAAUCAUCUAUGAUCGCUUUUAAUGACAAUAAAUAACAAUGUAGAAUGUAGAAAAAAGGGGGUAUUUUUUUUUUUAUUAA